UUCCGCGGAAAGCAGCGGCGGCGGCGGCCGGUGCGGAGGAUGGCGGCCCUUUCGGCGGGGCCAAGAAAACAUUUCUUGGAUUUGCCUUGGGAAGACAUCUUGUUCCCUCAUGUUCUUUCGUAUCUUCCUCUGAGACAGCUCUUGAGUCUGCAGAGAGUCAGCAAGGCAUUCCGAAAUCUAAUCCAGCUUUAUGUUACCAACAUGCGCCAUUUUGAUUCUAGUCAGGUUGGAUCUCAUAUUCCAAAAGCUGCAUUCUGUUUCCUAUUAAGAGAUAAUAAAGUGCUGCAGCAACUAGCCUUGCAAAACUGCUCUGACUGGUUAUCUGACAAGGAGCUGCUUCCUGUGAUUAGUCAAAACCAUCAGUUGCAACAGAUCAAAUUGAAUGGCUGCAUAGAGCUGAGCCGCCAUGCUUUGGUGGCUAUCUCUUUGGGCUGCCCCAAUUUACGCCAACUUUCUUUGGCCCAUUGUGAAUGGGUGGACGGACUUUCCUUGCGGAGCCUCGCUGAUCACUGUAAAGAGCUUGAAUCCCUAGAUCUUACUGCCUGCCGGCAACUGAAAGAUGAAGCCAUUUGCUAUCUUGCUCAAAGAUGCAACAGAUUAAAAUCACUUUCACUGGCUGUUAAUGCAAAUGUUGGUGAUAUGGCCAUAGAAGAGAUUGCCAAAGCUUGUUCUGAUCUGGAGCACUUGGACCUCACGGGCUGCCUCCGAGUUAAGAACAACUCCAUUAGGGCCUCAGGAUGGCAGACAUGACUUGUCCUCUCAACAGUCUUAUGAGGUAGGUUAGGCUGAUAGAUUGUGAUGGGUGUCCUGGCUGAAUGAAGAUGGAGCCUUGAUCUAUUCAGUUUUAGGUUGAUAUGGGGUAGGUGGCUACUACAACCACGUAGCCUCUAAAUAUUUUGCAGUGACAGAACUCCUUCUGACUCUGUGAUCAGAAUUUGGUAUUAGAACACCAAGAAUUGGCAUGUGGUGUUCAGUUAUUUUAAGAGUAAUGUUAAUGGUUUAAACUUUGGAACAGACUUAUCCCUAUUUUAAAUGCUUAACCAAGAGAAAACAAACAAAAACCCUGGGAAAUUUCUUCUUUUGACCAGAAAAUGAGUACAGGUAGUCCCCAGGUUAAGAACUCCAGGUUUAAGGACAACCCAUAGUUUAGAACAGAGUCUAU